ACGGCGGCGGUUACCAGGCGAAACACACAAGCAAGCAAACAAGAAGUGAAGCCAGCAGGAAGAUGACUGACCGACCAACCAGCGCACAGAGACGAUUGCCGGCACGGCCGGAUCAACAGCCACAACAACAACAAAGGCAACAGAGGAAGAGCAAGAGCUCGUCAUCCAGCACAGGCACCGCAACACAAUCGUCGUCGGCGUCCUCGUCUGCAAAGGAUUUGUGGAAGAUUGCGCAGCACCAAGCUGCGCGUGAAAAGGCAAAAGAUGCAGAGGAACGCACUGUGCUCUUCGUGGGCAGCCAAUCAGGGGGCAAGAGCACAAUGAUCCUGCGGUUUCUGGACCGGGAAGUGGCCCCAAAGCCAACUGUCGCUCUGGAAUACACAUUCGGCCGCCGCGCACGAGGCCACGACCUGACUGCAAUCAAACGGGCUCCGCACCCCUCUGCCUCUGAUGUGUCUGUGUCUCAGCGUAUUAGGUCGCUGUGUGUAGUGCUUGUGGUUGACCUGAGUCAGCCUCAGCAGCUAUGGACGACAUCGGAGGCGCUGCUGUCGAGCGUGCGCCGGCGCAUCGACAAAGUCAUUGACGACCUCAAUCGCCGAGAGUCAAAGCUGCCUGCGUAUCUGAAGAAGAAGUCCGUGAGCAGAUACGGCGACGAUCACCCGGAUCUGCCCAUGAUUCAGCCACUGCUCGUUCCGCUCCUCAUCGUCGGCACCAAAUACGACGUCUUCCAGAACUUUGACUCCGAGCGACGCAAGACCAUUGCGCGAACCCUCCGCUUCCUCGCCCAUUUCCACGGCGGUUCUCUCAUCUUCACCAGCCAGGAGGAGAGCUUGAUGGUUCGCUGUCGGGCACAGCUCGCAAACUUUGCAUUCAAGAUCCCAUUCAAUGUGCGGUCGGCGCACUUUGACCACAACAAACCGCUCCUCAUCCCCGUUGGCGCAGACUCGCUCGAGAGCAUCGGAGCACCACCACAGGCAGCCGGCCAGGCAGCGCUGUCAGCCAGGACACCGCUUGGGCUGUGGAAGGGCGCGUUUACGGAGAUAUUUCCACAGGACGGCGUGGACAUGGACAGGCCAGAGGCGGAUGACAAGACGGACCCUGCGCAGGACACGCGAUACAAAGAGCCGGCCAUUGACGAAGCGAGGCAGCGAAAGAUGCAGGAACUUGAGCGGUACAAACGGCACGCGGAUCGCAGGCGCUGAGAUACCGCCCCGUUGCAUGUGUGUGUGUGUGUCUGCGUGUGUGUGUUGGACAACGAAAGUGCGCUGCGUUCUUGUGUGCUCGCAAGAACUAUCCGUUUACUGCUGUUCGAAUAGAGAAGACAAAGGCGCA